GCGAUGGGUUGGCAGAGAUUGAAGUGCAGCCUGGCUGCUUCUGCGGCUUUGGCCGCCGGCGUUUGGGGAAUCGAGAAGGAAAAGCUGAAGACCGAGGACAAAGACGCGGCGAAAAUCAGUGACGCGCCGGUGCAGUUUUUGGUCUAUUUUUGAUGAGUACUUCGCACAAAACUUUUCAACUCGACCGAGCUUGCAAUUUUUCGUUAUCAAAAGGUGGAAAUGAAAAUGAAUGAUGGAAAGAGCAUACAGCUGUUGCAAGCUUCCACUUUUUCUAAAAAUAGUGCUGCUGAUGCACGCACUUGCCGAUGCCAAGCCACAAAUUUAUCAGGUAUCUGAUGACCAGUCCUUUUUGGAAGCCGGGACUGCCGCCGGGAUUCCGCCGCCAGCAUCUGCGUCACCGGGGAGCAGUAGUGGACCGCUUGCCGGUCCCCCGGGCAGCAGCGAAAUCGUCGGUGGAGCACCGCCGGCAGCCGCGGAUGUUGGCUCAGGACUCCCCCCGCCGUCUGUUGCUUCCUCAUCUGCUGGGCCACCAGUUGUGCCCCCGCCAGCAGUGCCGGCGGCGGAUCCGUCCUUGUCCCCUAGCGACCCCUCUCCAGUGCUGGGCAGCGCGGACCCAGCCCUCUCCGGACCACCAGCGGGUAGUACGCCAACCACCACGCCCGCUUCGUCACCCGAUCUCGUGGACUCGCCCGCGGCUCCGAUGGCCGCCUCCGGUCCGGCGACGGGUGUAUUUUCCCAAGACGGGUACCCGAACCCCAACGCGGAUGUGAUGGCCGCGGCCCCAGCAACAUCCCCAGAGAGCACCGGCGAGGCGCCCAUGGCCGCGUCGGACGCCGCUGCGCCGCCCGCACCACCGAUGGCCAUGGACGAAGGACUCUCCGAUGAGCAAAAAGCGUUUGCGACCGACAACGCCGUGCCGUCCGUGCCGUCCUCAACGCCGGUGGACCCCGUGGUCUCCGCACCGAUGUCAUCCUCGUCCCCCGCCGACGCGUCGUUCGGUGCAGCUCCUUCGGUGCCCCCGAUGAGCGCUCCAGUGGCGAAUGCGGGGCUGCAGGCGGCCGCGCCAAUGGAUGCUGCUGGUGCGGCGGAAGCAGCAACUUCCCCGAUGUCCGCUUCUUCCGCCGAUGCGGCCGCGGCCGGGAGUACUAUCGCCGAACCGGCGGCCGCCCUCAACAGUGGUCCCUCGGCCGCAGCUGCACCCGCCGGUAUCGCGGCCGUGGAGAUCGGCAAGAAGGACGAGCCAGUGGCGUACCACCCCUACCCGGCCGAGGACGAGCGCAAGGUGGGCGAAGAGGAAGCCGAAACCACCACGCCGGCCCCCGUGAUCAUCGUGAAGCGGCGCCGGAAAAUGCUGCGCUCGGAGAAGGACAAAGCGGCAGACUCGUCCUUCGUCCAGGCCGCGGUGGCCGCGGGCGGUCCCGAUGCAGCUCCGGCGCCCAAGGAAGAAGGUGCCGCGGCGGAGGCGGUACGUGCAUACUUACUUAAUUUUAUGACUGAGUCUCCUGGUGCUGUUUGGAUCUUUCUGAGUAGCUGAACAUACAAAGUACGAACAAUAAACUAGAUCGACGUCCAGGAACCUAUCGCAUCAAAAGUGCACAAUUGCGAUCUGAAAUAUCUACAACUAAACGUAAUAAACAGAAACCGGAAGCGAAGGAAGGCGCGGCGGAGGGCGGCGACGCCGCGAAAAGUGCCGCACUGAUGACGUCCCCCGCACUGAUGAAAGCGAUGCUGCUGCCGGUCGGGUUGGCGGCCGCGAACUUCCUGUUGCGCUAAAAGACGCAAGUGAGGGAGGGAAACGGAGCACGCUCCAGAAAAGCUCAAAAAAUGCUUGUGCCUCGUGUAUUUAUGGAUAAGAAAAUCAUCAGGAAUAAAGCUAACAGAAAGACGAAGAUAGAGAAGAAAACACUUGAAUUAACUGGAACUCAUAGACGCCAAGCGUUGGGCACAAAAAUUAAUGACUCUACGCUUAGAAUUAGAUUGAAUCUGAAACAUGAAGAACGCAACACAAAACAAAUGAAUUGCAAAAGUAGAGUUUAUCGCUACUCCAAUCUACUAACUUGACCUGUUGCUGUUGUACCAAGAACUCCUAAACCUAACGACGUGCUGCUCCUGGUGUUUGUCCUUGUUUGUGUGUGCUCGCUUGACCGAAUAUUAUUCUUGACAGUACGACAAACAAAUACAAAUUAGAAUCAUGCGAACCCCCCGUGCUUAUCUUUACUGUGUUUCAAAUGAACCAUCUUGUACCAACUUUCGAAUGCGUUGAGCUACAAUUCAAUUGAUGACUAAACUCGCACAAAAAAUGUCCCCUGUUUCAACUUUUUUCAUCGGAAUGAACAAGAUGAAAUUGCGCACUUUUCUUGAGCUUGAUGAAUGUUACCUAGUUCUGGCAGGCUUUUAAUGGCCACUAGUACUAGCUUACCUUGCAAAUCCAAAUUUUGAAUGUAUUGUUUCGGUUUCUAGCGUGAAAAGAAAACACCACUGAUGAAUUCCGAGAAUUAUUUGUAGAAGACCAAUGUGGUACAAAAUAUUGCAAUAGGCCGACAGCCAACAAGCGGCAUCCGCUACUUUUCUGUCAUCGUCGCGUUCGGAAGAAGAAUUUUGUUUUGGAGCCAAAGUGCUGCCGGAUUAGCAGUUCGGUGUCGAUAUUGGGAUUACAUACCUUUUCUUUGGCGCCUUUUGGCUUUGUGCAACCGCAGG